CAGAAUCCUAAAUGCAACUCAGUGGGUUUGUGAACAAAGAGCCCUGCUGGCUGACUGGGAGAGGGCUGCCUUUGCGCUCCAAGCGGAGAUUUUCAGACGCAGGACCAGGAUCGGACUCAACAAGGCAGCAGCAGGCUCGUGACUGACCACGGCCUGAGCUGAAGAAAAAGGGGGGUCCCAGUCCGAGGAGUGCAGCUAUGGGGAAGGACUACUACAAGACCUUGGGCAUCCCCAAGGGCUCCAACGAGGAGGAGAUCAAGAAGGCCUACCGCCGCAUGGCCCUCCGCUUCCACCCCGAUAAGAACAAGGACGCCAACGCAGAGGAGAAGUUCAAGGAGAUCGCAGAGGCCUAUGAGGUACUGAGCGACCCCAAGAAGAGGGUCGUCUACGAUCAGCUGGGAGAGGAAGGUUUGAAAACAGGAGGCAGCAGCUCUUCAGGUGCUCCCGGCAGCUCAACGUACCACUACACUUUCCACGGGGACCCUCAUGCCACCUUCGCCUCCUUCUUCGGUGGCUCCAACCCCUUCGACAUGUUUUUCGGCUCUAACCGCAGCCACAGCCGCUCCAACGGCUUCUCCUUCCACAACGACCACAGCAACGACGCGGAGCAGGACAUGGAAAUGGAUGAGGAUGACCCCUUCGCUCAUUUUGGGAGACAGUUCGGCUUUCCUGGUGGGAUGAACAAUGGCUUUCCAGGGGAGGGCCGCAGGAGGAGGGCCGCGCCGUCAGAGCGCCUGGGGACCAGCCGAAAGCACCAGGACCCUCCAGUGGUCCACGAGCUGAAGGUCUCGCUGGAAGAGAUCUUCCACGGCUGCACCAAGCGCAUGAAGAUCACCCGCCGCAGGCUGAACCCGGAUGGGCGGAGCAUGAGGACGGAGGACAAGAUCCUCAACAUUGUGAUCAAGAAGGGCUGGAAGGAGGGGACCAAGAUUACUUUCCCAAAGGAGGGGGACGAGACCCCUGAGAACAUUCCUGCCGACAUAGCCUUUGUGCUUAAAGACAAAGGGCACGUCCACUUCAAGAGAGACGGUUCCAAUAUCAUUUAUAACUGCAAGAUCAGUCUAAAAGAGGCAUUGUGUGGCUGCACAGUUAGUAUUCCCACGCUGGAAAACCGUGUCAUCUCGUUGCCCUGUCAUGACAUCAUCAAACCAGGAACGGUGAAGCGACUCAGAGGGGAAGGCCUGCCUUUCCCCAAGAACCCCUCGCAGCGCGGUGACCUCAUCGUGGAGUUUUCGGUCCGUUUUCCGGACAGGAUCCCCCCUCAGUCCAGAGAAAUUAUCAGACAGCACCUCCCACAGUCGUAGGAAGACACCUGUAAUCCUUCCAGCACCUCCACCACCACCACCACCACACACUCCAGACUAAACCCAGAAAAGCUACACCUAACACUCCUUCAUCCAGUCCUCCAUUAUAUCGUAGUCACUCUUCUUAUGUCGUGUGUCAGUGCACACAGCGUCACACAGGCGCUGUGGCAGGAUGAAGGAGGAAGGCCAACACAAGUGGCAGUAUCAGGAUGUAAUUUAUUCGUGUCUGUUUUGUCUUUUGGCCCAAGCACACACACAAGCACCCGAGUAGCGGAGCGGUGUUGAGGAUGGGCUCAGCACAAUUGUGGCUUUUACCGGAACUUCUUUUCUUAACUGUUUUUUACAGAUUUAUCAGUGGUUUUAUAUGCCGUCCAACUUCUCUGAUCCUCGUCUUUUUGUGAUAGGAUAAACCGUGAGAUAUUUUUUAAGAGAAAACAUUUUUUUCCAGGAUUUUUUUUUUUUUUUCCAAAGGGGUUAAAAUAGGAUUCUUUUUUUUUUUAUCCUUGAGUGUACCAGCAGCUUCAGUGUGUUCAGUGCAAACCCUGGUUUUAACAUAACCCCCCCCAAAAAAACCUGCUUUUCCCAUGCUUUCAGUCUAAUAAAGCAUUGUGCUUAAAGUCUGUAGGUCAUUUAGUAAGAGCUGUCUCCGCCAAAAUAAGUUGACGUGUGCAACGCCGCAGCGCACUUAAAGUCCCGCGUUACUCCAAACGAUGUUAGCGUAUCUCAGCUACACUGGAAAAUCUGGGAAUGACAAUCACACACUUUUACAGCGGUGUAAGCUCGGAUAUUACAAUCUGCACAUAAUAUGGGUGCUUUUCCCUUCUGAGCUGUGGGGCUGCUCUGAACUGAAUAGCCUGGCUCAAUAUCUGGGGGGACAUUUAGGUGCCUUAGCCCAGUGUCAUACCACAUAUGUGAACACACACACACAAACAGGUUACAAUAUAUACUAACAGCCAUGUUGAGUGCACAACAGACGAUGCCCUAUGCUGUGUUAGACAUUACCAUGAGGAGCUGGUAAUUUUAGAAAAACAAGUAAGUAAGCAAUGUAAAGUCAGUAUUGUACUGUAUGUAGGCAAAAGCAUUUUUAAGGAGAGAUUUGAUACAAGACUGAUGGUUUUUUGCCAAUACAUCCCUGUAAAGUGCCAUACAAGUACAGGCUGGAUAUCGCAGAGGAAUGCCAGCAUGAAGUUGAACUGAAAUCCAACAGUAAAUAGUAAAGAUUCCUCUGCGGGACCCAGCUUGGUUGUGAAUAUUCUGCUUUCUCUUGUGGCAUUUGAAGGCCAUGUCUCGGUGCUACUAUGAGCAGUGCCAAAAAUAGACCACGUUGGUGUCUACUUUUUGGUUUCAUGGAGUCCUCAGUUUGUGAUUUGAUAACUGCUUCUGUCUUCUGUAACAUCUGUACAUCAAACUUUACAUAUGUACUGCAAGUAGUAAACCCCUGUUUAGGAAACAGGUUUUGUAAUAUCGCAGCAGCCGUUCUCUGUCUCAGCUGCAGGGGGGCUCUGAAAACUCCUCAGCUCUUCCUACUGUAGUUUACAGCAAUGAUAAGAUGUAUGUGUGAGUAUGGAUUACGAAGCCAGCCCUGGUAGGUCAUAUAUAAUAUGUAAACGGGGAGGUGUUUGAAUGCAGCGAGGUUGAUAAAUGCACUUUUAAUGUUGUAAAAGAUACCGAUAAAACUACGAGACAACGGGGAGGGAACCGACUGAUUUGUCUGAGUGUGUGAUCGUCCUGCCUCUCGGAGCCUUACAGGACGCUGGACUGUGGCUACAACGAGACUGCACAUGUGUUGCUGCUGCUGCUGAAAGACUCACUGUCACUGCUUCUGUGCAUUUGACAAUAUUUAUGAACUUUUCAAAAUGGAAACAAAUAAACCAAAUGUGUGAAGUUA